CUGUAGGAACACCUUGAAGGAACUACGGCUAAUGUACUUUAGUAGCACAACAGCCCAAAAUUACGAGAAACGCGUCAAACCGAUUAUUAACCUAUGGAAUAAGUUGAUGAAUGGCACGAUCGCCCAACGGCUAGACGGAAUUGUCGAUCGCAACAAAAACAAGGACGAUCCUUGGAUGAUAUUCGUCUUGUCGGAGUUGACGAUCGUUAGCAAUCUUUACGACGCGAUCAACGAAUGUCUGCAGACUAUCAAGAACUCGUUGAAAGAAAUCAAUAUUAUUUCAGGUAAAGAUCGCUCGAUGCUUGUUACCAUAUGCGACAAUCAGGUACCCCUGCAAUGGCGUCGAAUCUGGAGUGGACCCAAAACUGUGAUCGAAUACCUGAAGGCGAUUGGGUUCAAGACCAAGGAAACUGAAGAGCUAUACAAUAGUUUGGUGGAAGAGAAAGCGAUCAAGGAAAUCAAUUUCAACUGCCUGUUCAAUGUUGAAGGAUUUCUAACAACGAUCAAACUUAUUAAAUCGCACGAACUGAGUGUGUCAACGACGGAGCUACAGCUGUGUGCUUACUUCGAUGAUCGAAGAAGGGAAACGGCUCUAACUAUCGCUCAGUUGUUGAUUGAUGGUGGUUCUCUAGCGAACGGAAGGCUUACGAUCAAACAAGGAGCUAUGGAGCAAACCGGUCCCGUUUACACAGGAACUUUCAGCUUAGAUUAUACCUUGUUGCCUAGUAAUGUGCAAACCAGCUCUGCUAGCAAAACUCGCGACGAUCGGUUUGAAAUUCCACUGUACAGCAACAUUUCACGGGACAAUCUGAUCUGCGAAAUUACUGUCGAUGUUGGUCAAGGGAUUGGCAGAUCCCAGCUGGUGGCAGCAGGAAUUGCCUUCAUCGUACCCGAAAGCUACUAG